AUGGAACCUGACGGUCCCUUGCUCAUUUUGGAUUUGGCCUUCAAUAUAUUUUUAUCCUACACCGCCACGAUGUUGAAUAUCUUAACAAUAAUGGCACUGAAGAAAACUAAGGUGUUGCCAAAAACUCUAAAGACAUUACUCAUGAGUUUAGCCGUCUCUGAUCCUGGCGUUGGCUUAGUAGUUCAACCUUUGAAGGUGGCAACAAGUCAGACUUCAGCCUUCAAAGACCUGAUCAAAGCGUUUGAAAUCACUGUAUUUCUACUGUGCAACGCUUCGUUUUUUGGUGUCAUUGCUCUGACUGUGGAUAGAUUCUUAGCCAUUUAUCUCCAUCUCAGAUAUCAAGAAUUUGUGACUCGCAAGCGUGUUGUUACUACGGUGGCCUUAAUAUGGACAUUGAGCACAUUCUCUUCUCUCUGGGAGCUAUGGAACUCACAUAUACACAACAUUAUAAGCGCUAUAAUUCCGCCUAUUUGCCUUAUUUCCACAGGAUUUUUUUAUUGUAAGAUUUAUGCAGCUGUACGACGCCACCGGAAAGACAUUCACGUCCUUCAUCUCCAACAAAAAGCACAGGACAGGAAAGUAGUUUCAAACGCUGAGAGAAUCAGAAAAUCCGCAGUUGGUACAUUUUACGUGUAUAUCUUAUUUUUAGUCUGCUAUUUACCUUACAUAUGUAUUAAUUAUAUAUACAUAAUAUCAGGAACAAAUAGUCUUCUCAAAGCAACUGAAAACUACAGUCUUACACUACUGUUUCUCAAUUCAUCUCUUAAUCCUCUGGUUUACUGCUGGAAAAUGAAAGAAAUUCGUCACGCCAUCAUGGAAUUGCUG